UGACGUCAUUGAUUCAAAACCAAAACAGACUGCCCCCGGAGACAGAGCGCGGGCUGCACUGCCGGGACUACUUCAACCGCUCCGUACACGUCACCUCAGGCAAGAAAAACAUAAUCAAAUGGUUCCAUUACUUGGUGCAGAGAUGGUGCACACACCUUUGCAACUUUAUCGCUAUCUUCUUCGAUGCUGCAAGCAACUUCCUAAUGAAAAUGUCCAAAAUUAUUACAAACAUGCCAUAAAACAGAGUUUUCGGGUACACGCAGAUGACAAUGAUCAUGCGAGGGUACAACAGAUCAUUAAAAGGGCUAUUGAAGAUGCUGACUGGAUAAUGAAUAAAUAUAAGACGCAAAGCUAAGAACACAAAGGAAAGUGGCAAAGCUGUGUGUAUGGUGACGGGAAAUGAACUGUUCUUCGUACUAGUAUGCUGUCAAAGAAGAAACAGGCUGUUCUACAUCUAUUUUAUUCUUUGCCAAAAUUUUCUUUGCAGUUUUGGUCAUCUACAAGAGGUUUAUGAAAAUCGUAAUCUGACUGAAAAAAGGAGCAUGCAUUGGGUUUAAGUGUAUGUUAACAUGCAUUUUUAGCAAAAAAUCAGGUUUGCUCUCUCUAUUUCUUUCACAAAAGCUGUUGAUAAUAUUCUUAAUCCUUUCAAAAAGGUAUUUGUUUGGAGAUGGCUUUGUAAAUUUAAAUACAGUAUAUAUGUAAAUCUGUAAUAAAAUUAUUGAUAUGCAUUA